UAUUGCCACUUGGGACACUGUGGUCUCAGAAAAUCCAGAUUGGAUAAGAAAAUGUAAACAAGGACAGUGUAUGGCAUUCAAGAAGAGAGGAGGCAAGGGAAAAGGGAAGGUCUGGUCACAAGAGGAAGACCAACCCGAGGCGGCAAGGAGAAUUGUUAGAAGACCAGCGGCCCCCGCAGUGCCUAAUGCCCCUUCACUGCCAGUCGCUCCUCCAUUACCACUGCCAUCACCCCCACCUUAUCAUGGACAGGGGGGAAAUAAAAAUUCAUCUUUGAGAUACCCAGACUUGUCGGCCCUUCGAGUUGGAGAAGGAGGACAGAUUGAGAAAAAGUCCAGCAGAAUGCCGAGUGAUGCAAGCCCGGCCCAAACCAGGAGCCGGGGCAAUUUGGCCCCUACGUUUGGGUCACCCAUAAAUGCCCCACUGGUUGAGAUGCCCAUCCGGGAAGUUCCGAUCCUCAAUAGCCAAGAUCAGAUAGUGAGAACAUACCAAGUGGUCCCAUUUACCAGUAGUGAUCUGUUGAACUGGAAAAAUUCCACCCCUCCAUACUCGGAACAGCCCCAAGCAAUGGCUAACUUAUUGGAAAGUAUUAUGGCAACCCAUAAUCCCACCUGGCAGGAUUGCAAACAAUUGCUCCAGGUUUUGUUUACUACUGAGGAAAGGAGACAGGUGAUCAAUCAGGCGAUACUACUGGCUCAGGCACAGCCCCCGGUGGGGACAGAUGCAGUGGUUUGGGGGGCCCAACGUCUCCCGAUCGAGGUGGAUCCCCAAUGGGACCCCAACAAUCCACAACAUAGGGUGGACUUGAAAGUAUUUCAGGGCCUUUUGGUGGACGCUAUAAGACACGGUCCACCACGCCCUGCAAACAUACUCAAAAUACAGAGUGUUAAACAAGAAAAGACAGAAUCCCCUACAGCAUUCUUGGAAAGAUUAGAAGAUGCCUAUAGAAGAUAUAGCCCCUACAACUUGGAAGAUGACAAUGGAAAGAGGGCACUGGCACAAUCUUUCAUUACACAGGCAGCAGAUGAUAUAAGAAGGAAAAUCCAAAAACAACCUGGGUUUUUAGGAAAGACCAUGAAUGAGUUAUUAGCCAUAGCUGACCAGGUCUAUAUGGCUAGGAACCAGGUAGAAGAAGAAAAGAGGAAGAGGGACAGAAAGGAAGGGUACAAGACUCUCCUAACCAUGAUGGAUGAUAGAACAGGAGAAAAGAGAGACAGAGGACGAGGAAGGGGCAGUGGCCGAGGAAGAAGUGGAACCAGAAGACUAGGAUGGGAUCAGUGUGCUCGAUGCAGGAAAUUUGGGCACUGGAAGGGACAAUGUACAGAGCAAGUAACUAGUGAUCGGGGAGGUCAAGAAAAUGGUAGAGGAAGAGGCCGAGGACGUGGCAGAGGACGCGGAAGUUAUACACCGUACCAGGAAAAGGAGCCAAUGGUCACUGUAGAAAUCGGGGACCAACAAAUUGAUUUCUUGGUGGAUACAGGGGCUGAAAGAUCAGUAAUAAACAAGCUAACGAGCCCACCAAGUGCUGAAACCACUCGAGUUAUAGGGGUUUCAGGAAAAGUCCAGAAAUGCCCCUUGCUCCAGGAAAGGACUUGUAAUUUGGCUGGACAUAAUGUGAGUCACAAAUUAUUAUAUCUCCCAGAUUGUCCUGUCCCCCUCUUGGGGCGAGACAUUCUCUCUAAAUUAAGGGCACAGAUUCAAUUCAUUAACACCGGCCAGAUGGAAUUGACUAUUCCAAUGGAAGAGGAAUGGAGGUUGUUUCUCAUAAGGCAGGAAGCAUCAGAACCACCGAAAGCCCAGUGGCCGUGGGAAAGGACGCCUUUGGUAUGGGCAGAAGAUAACCCGCCCGGCCUGGCUAAAUAUGUGCCCCCAGUAGUGGUGGAAGUAAAGAAAGGAAUGGGGCCGGUAAAGAGGCCCCAAUACCCUGUCAGUCGGGAAGCAUCAAUAGGAAUACAAAAACAUAUUGACAGGCUACUGGAACAUGGAAUAAUUACACCUUGCAGCUCACCCUGGAACUCUCCCCUGUUGCCAGUCAAAAAGCCAGGAGGGCAGGGCGAAUUUCGCCCUGUUCAGGACUUAAGAGCAGUAAAUCAAGUCACUGUUUCUUUGACCCCGGUAGUGCCAAAUCCAUAUAUCAUGAUGAGUUUAAUACCCGCAUGGACGGCGUGGUUCACUGUAUUGGAUAUUAAAGAUGCGUUCUUUUGCAUCCGGUUGGCUCCGGUGUCCCAGCCGAUUUUUGCGUUCCAGUGGGACACCCAACAAGCCGGCCAAAGGGCCCAAUACAUGUGGGCUCGUCUCCCUCAGGGCUAUCACAGUAGUCCCACGAUAUUCGGACAGGCACUGGCUAAAGACAUGGAAGAAUUUGAAAUUCCGGAGAGUGAAGGGGUGUGGCUCCAAUACGUGGAUGAUUUGUUGAUAGCCUGUAGGACAGAGGUUGGGUGUAGGCACUACACCCUGAAAAUGUUGGAAACAUUAGAGGAAAAAGGAUACAAAGUGUCCAAAAAGAAGGCUCAAUUGUGUCAAAGAAGUGUAAAAUAUCUGGGAUUUGAAAUAACUGAGGGACAUCGGUCACUGGGAGUUGAAAGAAAAAAAGUUAUUUGUGCAAUACCAACCCCGUCCAGCAGGAGGCAGGUUAGGGAAUUUUUGGGUUCAACAGGGUAUUGUCGGCAGUGGAUUCCAGGCUAUGCUGUAUUGGCCAAGCCUUUAUACCAGGCCACCCGAGGGAAUAGAGAAGAUCCAUUCCAGUGGACAGAAAAAUGCCAACAAGCCUUUGAAGCUUUAAAAAAAGCUUUGAUGUCAUCACCAGCCCUGGGCCUACCGGAUAUGGAAAAACCCUUCACUCUGUUCGUAUCGGAGCGAGAAGGAGUAGCAGUGGGCGUACUUACCCAGGCUUUAGGGUCAUGGCAAAGACCAGUGGCAUACUUGUCAAGGCAACUAGACACAGUAGCGCAGGGAAUGCCACCAUGCCUGCGGGCUGUGGCAGCAGCAGUAGAAGCAAACAAAUUGACUUUAGGGCAGCCACUGGUCGUAAAGGUACCACACCAUGUGAAGGCACUGUUAGACACCAAGGGACCACGCUGGCUCACAAACGAGAGACUGACUAAGUAUGAGGGGGUGUUAUGUGACAACCCAAUGGUAACCCUGGAAACUUGCGCCACCCUGAAUCCGGCUACCUUGUUGCCUGCCCCGGGGGAGGAGAUGAUCCACCAGUGCAUUCAGGUGAUGGAACAGGUAUACUCCAGCCGACCCGAUUUAAAAGACGUACCAAUGUCCAACAUAGACAUGACCCUAUUCACAGAUGGCAGCAGCUUCGUGGAAAAUGGUGAGAGGCGUGCAGGGUAUGCGGUGGUACGGGGGGGGGGAGAGAUUUUGGAAGCAGAGUCGCUCCCUCCGGGAACCUCCGCUCAGCGGGCCGAGUUGAUAGCCCUCACCAGGGCACUGCAGUUGGCAAAAGGAAAGCGGGUCAAUGUCUACACGGAUUCAAAGUACGCUUUUACUACGCUUCAUGCCCAUGGAGCUUUGUACAAGGAGCGGGGACUCCUUACGUCGGCUGGAAAGGGCGUUAAGAAUGCAGCUGAGAUUGUGGCCCUUCUGGAGGCGGUUUGGGAACCGGAUCGGGUUGCUGUAAUGUAA